AUGAAAACAUCUCUGUCUCAAUAUGCAAUCAUUUUUGCAUGGUUGCUUUGUGCAAUGAUCAUGUUGAAAACAUGCAUAUGCAGCUCUAAGAUUCGGUGCAACGAGAAAGACAAGGAAGGUCUCUUGAACUUCAAACAAGGAGUAAAAGAUCCAUCAGACAAGCUCUUUUCAUGGUCCAUUGAAAAAGACUGUUGUGAUUGGAUAGGAGUGAAGUGUGACAACAUCACAAGCAGAGUCACUGAACUCAGUCUCCCAUGUUCUACAACUCUUCCAACUUACAUUGACAAAGUGGAUAAAUCACACUGCCUCACAGGUUCUAUCCACCUUUCUUUGCUGCAGUUUCAAUCUCUACAGUACUUGAAUUUGCAUAAUAAUGACUUCUUAAAUAUCCAAUUUGAUAGUCAAAAUUGUCAUAACCUAUCUGUAGAGUACUGUGCAAACUCUUCGGUUCUUGAAUAUCUUGAUUUAUCAUCUAAUGAGGCUCUUGCCAUUGAUAAUCUUCAUUGGCUUUCCCGCAUUUCAUCCUUGAAAAUGAUCGAUCUUAGUCGCAUUAAUCUUCACAAGGAAACUAACUGGCUUCAGUCAGUGACUACAAUGCUUCCAUUACUUUCGGAGCUGUACUUGAGAAGUUGUCAAUUGAAAAACUUGAGUCCGUCUCUUCAGUAUGCUAAUUUUACUGCACUUGAAGUUCUUAAUCUUCACAGCAAUGAAUUUGACUCAGAGUUGCCCAAAUGGUUAUUCAAUCUUAGUGGUAUCUCUGAAAUUUGCCUUGGUUCAAGUGUUUUAAGAGGCCAACUACCAAAGGCAUUGCUAAAUCUGCGACACUUGGAAUCCUUGGGCCUAGAAAAAAAUCAUUUCAAUGGACCAAUUCCAGAUUGGUUAGGCCAAUUUGAACAUCUACAAUAUCUUGAUCUUCAUAAAAACAAGUUUUCUGGAUCUAUUCCCAUAAAUUUGGGAAACCUAUCAUCCUUAGUUGUCUUAGGUGUUCGCUCAAAUCAUUUGACAGGGGUCGUGUCCGAGAGAAAUUUUGCCAAACUGUCAAAGUUAGAGUAUUUGUCUAUCUCACCACCAAUAAUCUUUGAUUUUGAUUCCCACUGGAUUCCACCUUUUCAACUUCAACAAUUAAUUUUUGGAUUUGCGGGUUCUAAACUCCCUGUGUGGUUAUAUACCCAGAGAUCUAUUCAGUCUCUAACUAUUGUGGACUCAUCAUUUGAGGCUAAAGGUGAGUUUUGGAAUUUUGUAUCAAGAAUGACCUUCCUCGAUUUAGAAAGGAAUUCAAUAGAUGGGGACCUGUCAAAAGUGUUGUUGAACUCUACAUACAUAACUCUGUUAUCAAAUGAUUUGAAAGGUAGUUUGCCUCGAUUAUCAUCAAAUGUGGUCGUUGUGGUUAUGCGGAGUAACUCAUUAUCAGGAUCCAUUUCUCCUCUCUUGUGUGAUCAUAAGAUGCUGCUAAAUGGGAAAAGCAAUUUGGUAUACUUGGACAUAUCUGAUAAUCAUCUCUCUGGAGGGCUAACAAAUUGCUGGCAGAAUUGGAAAUCUUUGGUUCAUAUUAACCUGGGAAGCAAUAACCUGACAGGCAAGAUACCCCCAUCAAUGGGGUUGUUACCUAAUCUCACCUCACUGCAUCUGCAUGAGAACAACUU